UUCGCCGACAGAACAAACAAAAGCAAAACACAAACGAGUUUUAAAACAAAAAUGUUAUUAACAAUUAAAUGCGCUCAGAAUGUGUUUAAGCCGAACUUUCAGAAAGUGGCCAAUCUGCUUGCCAGUCGGUAUAAUUCAGGUUUAUCCCACGGCACUGUAACAACAGCAACGAGACGAAGCAGCUCGCAAAUCUCAGUUCUGUAUUCGCCAGCAGCGAGAGAAGCAGCAACGGCAACAGUAGCAACUGGUGGCAGCGCAAAUCUCCGGAGAUUAUACGGCACUCAAAACUCUGAAACCCCAGCAACGAAAACCACAUCGAAAAAACGAAAAAUGGUGGUGCGACUAAACGAACAGGAGCGUGCUGAGAAGCUGCAACCUCUUCUAGAAGCCGGCUGGACUUUGGUAGAAGGUCGCGAUGCCAUCUUCAAGCAGUUCGUACUGAAGGACUUCAACCAGGCCUUCAGCUUCAUGACAGGCGUGGCCCUUCUGGCCGAGAAGAUAAACCAUCAUCCCGAGUGGUUCAACUGCUACAACAAGGUCGACGUAACCCUGUCCACACAUGAUGUAGGCGGUCUCAGUUCGCAGGAUAUUCGCAUGGCCACUCAUUUGGAGACCACGGCCAAUUUGUUGAAAUAAACGCAUUGUUAUACUAGUUACUAGUUGUGUCUAUAAUCUCUGGAGUCCAAUAAAUACUUAGCUCAGCAUCGAUUUGCUGAAAAUUUGAUAA